AUGGCCGCUUCUAUGCAAUCCAUCUCCUUCGCGAGAUCUACCGCCGGUUCCACGAGUUCUUUGCGACGAAAAAACGUCGCGCCGAGACGCAUCGUGAACACGCAAGCGCAAGCUAAGGCCUCCUCUCCGGUCGCUGGUGGGUACGCUGCCGCUUUGGUUGACGCCUGCAAAUCCGCCGGCGCCUUGGAAGCCGUGCACGACGACUUGGAAACCGUCGCGGGUUAUUUGGCUGCCAACGAAGGGACCGCCGCGUUUUUGGCCAACCCGGUUGUAGGCGAAGAGAAGAAGAAAGAAAUCUUGCAAAAAUUAGCCGGGGAAGCGUCGUUCCACGCGUUCACGACCAACUUUAUGCAAUUGUUGGUCGACAAGAAGCGCAUGAACCAAUUGUCCGCGAUCAUCGAGGAAUUUGAGACGUUGUUUUGCGAGGCUACGGACACGCAAGUUGCGACGGUGACGAGCGCGGUGAAGCUCGAAAACGAGCAGCAAUUCAUGAUUGCGAAGAAGUUGCAAGAAAUGACCGGGGCGAAGAACAUCAAGUUAAAGCCGGAAGUUGAUGAGUCUUUGUUGGGUGGUUUCGUCGUGCAAUACGGUAAGGACGGUUCUGGUUUCAUCGACAUGUCCGUCAAAGGGCAAGUCAGACAACUCUCCAACGUGUUUGUCCAGUAA